UUCUCGCUGACUUGUUCUUAUAUUUCCUGUUCUAUAUCGUGCCAUCGUGUAUAACUGCAGCAACGAACGACGUGAACACACGUGUAUAGAGCAGCAGAGCAACUUUAACUCUUUUCUAGAAAAAUAUUCAAAUUUAUCAAAUUUAGAAUUGUCAGGAUGACUAUGCUGAUGUCAACAGCAAUAAUUGUGCUGCUUUGUAUCAUCCAACUUACCUCUAUAUACGGAUACCCCAGUAACCAAGACCUUCAGGAAGGCGCAGUGCGGCACAGGCGAUGGAAAAGAGAUGCUAUCGUAUCGUUCAGAACGAGGCCGUCGAACCAAACCGCCGCGCUGGGCGAUACUGUCAUCCUUCACUGCGCUGCGCAUGAGCAGAGCGACCUGACUGUCACGUGGUACAAAGGCGGGAAAGCGCUGACCCCGCCCUUCACUCGGACGAUAUUUGUCCUCUUCAACAACGACCUGCUGGUCAUCGCAAACAGGGACAAUGCUGAUAGAUAUACCUGCGAACUAAAACGGGGAAAUGCAAGGAUAUCGGCUGACGCCUGGAUAACAAUACGAUCUGAGAUGAAGUUCGUUGAGGCUCCGGUCGACGCUACCGUCCAGUUCGGGGACAGUCACGUGUUCAGAUGCAGCGCGGCCGGAGCGGACCGGAUCACGUGGAGCAAAGACGGCCAGGCGCCGGGCUCGUUCAUCGACGGGGAACGCGUCCUCCAGAACCGGGGAGACCUGGUGCUGACCUCCGUAACCCUGACGGACACCGGCCGGUACACGUGCACGGCCGGGAGGGACAGGGACGGGCACACCGUAGAGGCCAAGGCUACCCUGGUUGUUGAUGUCGACAUUGACGGAGUUUGCGGCCGCCCUUUCCAUGCCACCGGCCCGGACGGGUUCAUCACGGGUGGGACGGAGGUGGAGCAGGGUGCCUUCCCGUGGCAAGCCAUGCUCUGGGACAUCCGGCCGACAAGGAACAGGUUUUUCUGUUCAGGAAGCCUUAUCAACAAGCGUUGGGUGAUCACUGCAGCCCACUGCAUCCGGGAACUUGGCCUAACCGAACAGGACUUCAUCGUUCGCCUGGGAAAACACACCUCCGUACGGGGGGUGCUCGAAGCAAACGAGAGGUCAUACAUUGUUGAAGAAAUCAUCGUCCAUCCUGACUUCAACGGAGACACCUACGACUCUGACGUCGCCCUUCUCCGACUGGCCCCACCGGAAGUGACGUUUACCGAGUACAUCCUGCCGAUCUGCCUUCCGGAAAUCCCCGAGGCCCGACGACUGAUCCGCUCGGGAAACAUCGGGACCGUCACAGGGUGGGGCGCCCAAGAGGAGGGCGGAGGAACUUCUGAGAAGCUGAUGAAGGUGAGUGUACCCGUGGUGUCCCUGAGACGGUGUCGGGACGCCCACCCUCAGUACGCACGGGACAUCAGUCAGAACAUGUUCUGUGCGGGACGGAGGGAGGGGGGCAGGGACGCGUGCGAGGGAGACAGCGGAGGGCCGUUCGCUGCUUUUGACAACGGAAGAUGGCAUCUCCUGGGUGUAGUGAGCUGGGGUGACGGCUGCGCGCUGAGAGGGAAGUAUGGUGUGUACACCCGUCUGCACAGGUUCAGGGGCUGGAUCAUGGAGCACACCGAGGAACAGGGUAGGUCAUUGUCAUCUAACACACCUGGGAACAGGGUAAGAAACCGCAAUGUACUGUGGGAUAUGCCUGAUGAUGCCUUCUCUGAGGUACACCGUGGAACAGGGUACGCGUUAGUACAUGUAGUUUAA